AUGUCUGCUCAGCCCCUCCGCAUUGUUAUGGCCUGUGACGAGGCCGGUGUCCCUUACAAGGAUGCAAUCAAGGCUGUCCUGGAGAAGAACGCCGGUGUUGCCUCCAUCAUCGACGUCGGUGUCAACAGCUCCGACGAUAAGACUGCCUACCCCCAUCCCGCUGUCGAAGGUGCCAAGCUCAUCAAGGAGGGCAAGGCUGACCGCGGUCUCUUCAUCUGCGGUACCGGUCUCGGUGUCGCAAUCGCUGCCAACAAGGUUCCCGGAAUUCGCGCCGUCACUGCCCACGAUCCCUUCUCCGUUGAGCGCUCCAUCCUGAGCAACGACGCCCAGGUCCUCUGUAUGGGCCAGCGUGUCAUUGGCGUGGAGCUGGCCAAGAAGCUCGCUGUGGACUGGCUGCAGUACCGCUUUGAUCCCAAGAGUGCCUCCGCUGCCAAGGUCCAGGCUAUCUCGGACUACGAGACCCAAUUCGCUGGACAGGCUUAA